CUCCUACCAUUGCUGCUCGCAAGCAUGCCUAUCUAAACUGUUAACGCGCACGCCAUCCGAGAAUAUAACUGACUCUGGCGCUUAUGACCAUUUGGCAACCAGUAAUCAAAUCCAUAGUCAUAGAGCGUCAUUACAGAUUCGCAUAGCAUCCGAUCAUGAUACCCUGUCUCUAGAGCGAGCGAGAACACUGUAAAAGCAAUCGACUCAGUGUGCAGUCACAUAGCUCUUCCUUUCAUUCCGCAAUGUCGACCACCGCUCAGAGAAAACGACCAAAGUCGAAUUCAAUCGACGUGGAGCCAACGGCUAAGAAACCACGUCUUGAGAUCGAAGCGGAUGAGGCGGACAAUGCUGUAUCACAAACGCAAGACCAUAGCGAAAGUCAAGCAUCCAGUGAUCUGUAUUUGGAUACUGUCAAUCGCCAAAUGCUAGAUUUCGACUUUGAGAAACUUUGCUCGGUAUCCCUUUCCAAUUUGAACGUGUAUGCCUGUUUAGUUUGCGGAAAAUAUUACCAAGGCAGAGGCAAAUCGUCACACGCGUAUUUCCAUAGCUUACAUGAAGACCAUCAUGUAUUCAUCAAUUUGGAAACUUUGAAGGUGUACGUUUUGCCAGAUGGAUAUGAGGUUAAACACAGCUCUUUAGAUGAUAUCAAGUUUGUCUUAAAACCAACCUUUACCAAAGAAGAAGUUGCCAAACUGGAUACCAAUACCAAAUAUUCAUAUGAUCUCCACAAUAAGAAAUAUCUGCCUGGUUUCCUCGGCCUGAAUAACAUCAAGGCUAAUGAUUAUGUUAACGUCAUCAUCCAAGCGUUGAUCCACAUACCACCUAUUCGUAAUUACUUUAUACUCAACACAAGCGAGACGAGCUCAUCUUCACAGCUAGUUGAGCGAUUUGGAGCACUUGUCAGAAAGAUGUGGAAUCCACGAGCGUUUAAGGGCCAAGUCAGUCCACACGAGCUGCUCCAGGAAAUAUCGAAUGCGAGUGAAAAGCGGUUCAAACUUACGGAGCAGAGCGAUCCAGUAGAAUUUAUGUCCUGGUUCUUAAAUACAUUACACAAGGAUCUCGGAGGCACUAGAAAGCGAACGAGCAGUAUAAUCUAUAGAACAUUUCAAGGAGAAGUUAAAGUUGAGACGCAGAGUAUUGGUGUGAAAGAGACUCAAAUUACAGAGGAUGAAUCAUGGUUAUUUGAUGCAGACAGAGCUAUAACAGCGAACCAGUCCCCAUUCCUAUUUCUUACAUUGGAUCUUCCACCGGCACCCUUGUAUCAAGACGAGCUUGAGCAAAAUAUCAUCCCACAAGUUCCAUUGAUCACCAUCUUAAAUAAAUACAAUGGUGUGCAAGCUCAGGAAAUUAAAGGGGAUCUCAAGCGCUACCACAUCACAAGACUUCCAAAUUAUCUUAUUUUCCACGUCAAACGGUUUACCAAAAACAAUUGGGCCAAAGAGAAAAACCCUACGAUUGUUAACUUUCCCAUCAAAGGUGUCGAUUUGUCCGAGUUCUCAGACGAUCCUACAGUGGAGAAACUAGGAUCGCAGUACGAUCUGUUGGCCAACAUCUCUGAAGAAGGUACUGCUACUUCGGCCACCUACAAGAUUCAUGUACGAAAUCGGGCUUCAGACCAGUGGUUCCAAAUCCAGGAUCUCCGCGUUGAGGAAAUUCUCCCGCAAAUGAUUUUCUUGUCUGAAAGUUAUAUUCAGAUCUGGGAACGAAGGAAAACCCCUAUCAAGGGCAAAGGCAAAGUUGGAUGAAUAAAAUAAAAAAAGAGCUGGUUCUAUAGAACAACGAGCCAUAAGUUAUCAUCAUUACUUGAUUUA